UGUUUUCUUUUAUUUCAAGUAGAAUAAACUUUUGAAUAGAACCAGGAACUCUGACUGUAGACGUUGUAUCCUUUAGGGAAAUAUGCUACUCACAUUUUUGUCGCUUCUCUGCCUCUCUACCUACUCCAUGUCACUGGAGCUGAAAGUGAUAACAGUUGCAACAGAGGAGACAGAUGGAUUCAAGAGAUUCAUGAAAAGUGCAGCAUACUACGGAAUAUCAGUUGAGAUUGUAGGCAUGGGUGAGGAAUGGAAAGGCGGUGACAUUCAGCGCUACCCUGGAGGAGGUUUCAAAUUGAACCUACUCAAGCCCGUACUUGAGAAAUGGAGAGAGAGGAAAGAUCUGGUAGUCAUGUUUGUGGAUAGCUAUGAUGUCAUAUUUGCUGCUAACUCAGAGAAAAUUCUAGAAAAAUUUAAAGAUUUUAGAACUAAUCUUGUUUUCUCAGCCGAGCAAUUUUGUUGGCCUGAUCAAAGCCUUGCUUCACGAUACCCAAAAGUUGGUCUGGGAAAAAGGUUCUUAUGUUCUGGUGGCUACAUCGGCUAUGCAUCUCAAAUGUACAGCAUAAUCACAGACAGUGAAAUCAGUGAUACUGACGAUGAUCAGCUCUUUUAUACCAAGAUUUACCUUGAUCCACACAAGAGAGACAAAUAUGGCAUGAGGUUGGAUCACAGGUCCCACAUUUUCCAGAAUCUCAAUGGAGCCGAGGAUGAGAUUGAUCUGCAUGUGACAUCAAACGAAUCCUAUGCUACUAACACCCUAUACAACACUAGAGCUGCUAUACUGCAUGGGAAUGGUGGAUCUAAAAAUUUCCUUAAUUUUUUGGGCAAUUACAUACCUAAUCAAUACAAUGUUGAUGAAGGAUGUCUUCACUGCUCUGAAGGUCUCCAUGAGCUACCUGAAGAUUCAUCAAAAUGGCCGACAGUUUUCGUUGGAUUAUUUGUAAUGUCUCCGACUCCGUUUUUAAGAGAAGCCAUAUUAAAGUCACUCAGUGAAUUAAACUAUCCAAAAAAUCUCAUUCACCUCUGGGUGUACAACAAAAAUAGCUAUCAUGAAGAUCUCCUUAGCAAAUGGUCUGAUGAGGUCAAGUCUGAAUAUGCAUCAGUUCAAUACACAGGAUCCUAUAGGGACAUUACUGAAAUUGAAGCAAGAACAACAGCAAUGAAAGAAUCUCUCAGCAAGAAGUCUGAUUAUUAUUUAAUGCUAGACUCAACUGGAGUAUUUGAUGAUCCAGAUGCUCUUAGAAAACUGAUAACACUGAACAAGCAUGUCAUUGCUCCAAUACUUGGACGACCCGAUAAAUACUGGACAAAUUUCUGGGGAUCCAUUGCAAAGGAUGGAUUCUACGCUCGGUCGCGGGACUAUUUUGUUAUAGUUGAAUCUAAGAGAAAAGGAAUAUGGAAUGUACCAUUCAUUAGUACGGCUAUUUUGUUUGAAGGGGAGUGGCUGCUAAAACGUUCAACUGACGCCAAAGGAUUACCAUCAUUUGCUAGUGAAGAAUUUGAGCCUGACAUGGCUCUCUGUCAAUGGAUGAGAAAUAAUGGUCACUUCAUGUAUGUUAGCAACCUUCAAAAGUAUGGUCACCUCAUUAGUACUUCAAACUAUGAAAUACAUCACCUUCACAACGACAUCUAUAACAUCUUUGAAAACAGACAAGAGUGGGAGAAGAAAUAUCUUCAUGAGAAUUAUUCGGUUGCAUUAAAUGCUGGCCCUGAUGAUAUUUCGCAGCCAUGCACUGACGUGUACUGGUUUCCACUCCUCUCCCCUGCUUAUACCAAAGAAAUUAUUGAGGAGUUGGAAAAAUUUGGUAAAUGGAGCAAUGGGGAGAAUGAUGACCCAAGACUGGAUGGUGGAUAUGAGAAUGUGCCUACUAGAGAUAUCCACAUGAAUCAGGUUGGUUUUGAGAAGCAGUGGCUGGAUAUACUGGCUAAAUACGUUGUGCCAAUACAAAUUAAAGUGUUUCCUGGAUACUACUCAAGGGCAAGAGCUGAUUUGAAUUUUGUGGUAAAGUAUCAUCCACAAGGCCAACCAGAUCUUAGACCUCACCACGAUUCAUCAACUUUCACUAUUAACGUUGCUCUUACAAGGCCUGGGAUUGACCACCAGGGUGGAGGAUGCAGAUUUGUGAGACAGAAUUGCAGCGUAGUUGAUACAAAGCUAGGAUGGGCAUUGAUGCAUCCAGGACGCUUAACUCAUUACCACGAAGGGCUUCCGACUACCAGUGGUACACGUUAUAUCAUGGUUUCUUUUGUGGAUCCUUAAUGGACUUGCUGGUGAUUGUUUGUUUCCUUAUUGUUGGACUUUUAUAACGUGUCUAUAAAAUUUUGUUAUCAUCUUUUCUUUCUCAGCAUUUUGGAGCAUGUCAAUUUUCAUAAAUGAAUGCAUACAGU